UCACUCAGAUAAUAACUAAAAUGUGCUAAACAGUAUUAAAAGUUUUUAGUCGGAUUUUGAACUUGAAAGGUGUAGUACGUAUAACCACAAUUAAAACUAACAGAUACAUUUGCCAGUACUAAAGUCAAUAGCGUUCCCUACACAAACCAAAAAUGAUUAUUAAAAAUCCUUACAAUAUAGUUGUGCCGGCUUAUUUGGAUAAUGAAUUUUUCACUACAGCCUUAGAAGAGGGUCUUCGAGAAGCAAAAAUUAAUAUAACUGAAAUAAAUUUUGAAUGGGGCAGUAAUCCGGGCGAUAAUUACUGUUCGUGCAUAUAUCGUGUUGUUGUCUUAUACGAACGACUGAGUGGCGAAUACAAUCAAAAGGAGCAAUUAAAUUUAAUAGUGAAGAGUAUACCGAUUACCAAAGAAACACAAUUUUUGGAAGAUGUGGGUGUAUUUAUCAAAGAAAAGAUAAUCUAUACAGAUAUUUUGCCGAGAUUAGAGAUUUUAGGACAAGAUUUUAAGUUUGGUGCAAAUUGUUAUUACACUAUUAAGUCACCAACUCAGACAAUCGUUUUUGAUGAUCUACAAGUGGAUGGAUUUAAAUUGGCAGCACGUCAAGAUGGUUUGGAUUGGCAUCACAGCCUUUUGUUGCUACAACAGCUGGGCAAAUUUCAUGCCACUUCAAUGGUUUUGGCUAGAAAGCUUAUAUAG